GGAGCUGGAGUGGUCGGUCCUCUCCGGGGCAGAAACAGAGAAGUCCGCUCUUAGCGGUCAGACACAGUGCUACUGGAAUGCAAAUCUCUGCAGAUCUGGAAAAAGACCGGCCUCUGGACUAGAAGGCUGGGCCAAAAGCAACUGAGCUUGUCCCUUCAGCCCACUCUAAUCCCGUGGAAGGUGCUCAUGUCAGUCAAGACUCACCGGCCAAUCACGGCCUCGAGGCGGGCCAUUCUGUCAGAAGUGGAGGAGGGCUCUUCCGGGUGCCCUGGGCCAGGCUGCAUUUCAACUUUGUAGCUGGGCAGGUUCAAAAAGGUUUUUGUGGUGUGCUCUCAGCGCUGCUAAUGGGUGUUGUGAGGGGGAUCCCAGGCAAGAUUUGAAGAGGCGACAUGGAUUCAGUGACCUAUGAUGAUGUGCAUGUGAACUUCACACAGCAAGAGUGGGCUUUGCUGGAUCCUUCCCAGAAGAGUCUCUACAAAGAUGUGAUGCUGGAGACUUACAGGAACCUCACUGCUAUAGGCUAUAAUUGGGAAAACAACAAUAUUGAAGAAUAUUGUCAAAGUUCUAGAAGACAUGGAAGGCAUGAACAACAUCAUACUAAUGAGAAACCCUACAAAUGUAAUCAAUAUGAUAAAGCCUUUUCACAAUACCAUCAUCUCCAAAUGAAUAAAAGAACACGUACUAGAGAGAAAACUUAUGAAUGUAAUCAGUGUGGGAAAGCCUUUGGAUGUCACUAUUAUCUUCAGUGUCAUGAAAGAACACACACUGGAGAGAAAACAUAUGAAUGUAAUCAGUGUGGGAAAGCCUUUGCACGGCACUAUUAUCUUCAGUGUCAUAAAAGAGUUCAUACAGGAGAGAAACCCUAUGAGUGUAAUCAAUGUGGAAAAGCCUUUUCAUGGUACUGUAGUCUUAAAAAGCAUAAACGUGUUCAUAAUGUAGAGAAACCCUUCAAAUGUAAUCAAUGUGAUAAAGCCUUUUCACAAGACAGUCGUCUCCAAAUGCAUAAAAGAACACAUACUGGAGAGAAAUCUUAUGAAUGUAAUCAGUGUGGGAAAGCCUUUGCACAUCACAGUCGACUUCAAAGUCAUGAAAGAAUUCAUACUGGAGAGAAGCCUUAUGUAUGUAAUCAGUGUGGUAAAGCCUUUGCACGUCACAGUCGUCUUCAAAUUCAUGAAAGAAUUCAUACUGGAGAGAAACCCUAUGAAUGUACCCAAUGUGGGAAAGCCUUUGCAUGUCACAGUUUUCUCCUAACACAUAAAAGAACACAUAGUGCCGAAAAACACUAUGAAUGUGAUCAAUGUGUUAAAUCCUUUUCAUGUCACAGUUACCUCCUGAUACAUAAAAGAACACAUACUGGAGAGAAACCUUAUGAAUGUAGUCAAUGUGGUAAAGCUUUUGCAUAUCACAGUAGUCUCCAACAUCAUAAAAAAUUACAUACUGGAGAGAAACUUCAUGCAUGUAAUCAGUGUGGUAAAGCCUUUGCACGUCACAGUCAUCUUAAAAGGCAUGAAAAUAUUCAUAACGGAGAGAAACCAUAUUCAUGUAAUCAAUGUGGUAAAUCAUUUGCAAGUUACAGUAAUCUCCAAAUACAUAAAAGAAUACAUACUGGAGAGAAGCCCUAUGAAUGUGAUCAAUGUACUAAAGCCUUUACACGUCAUAGUUCUCUCCUGGUACAUAAAAGAUCACAUACUGGAGAGAAACCCUAUGAAUGUGAUCAGUGUGCUAAAGCCUUCAUAUGUCAUAGUUAUCUCCUGAUACAUAAAAGAACACAUACUGGAGAGAAACCCUAUGAAUGUGAUCAGUGUUCUAAAGCCUUUACACGUCAGAGGUACCUCCUAAUACAUAAAAGAACACAUACAUACUGGAGAGAAAGCCUAUGAAUGUAAUAAAUGUGGUAAAUGCUUUUUCAUAUCACAGUCUUAUUCAAAGGCAUGAAAGUAUUCAUAUUGGAGAAAAAACAACGCUAUGAAUGUUAUCCAUGUGGUAAUGUCUUUGCAUCUCAAGUUACUUUUAUAUCGCAAUAAAAUUCAUACAAAUGUAACAUCUUUAGUAUAUAAUCAGUAGACUUUGCCGGUCAUAAUACUAUAUGUCACAGUAGUCUCCAUAUACAUAAAAGAAUAUAUACUGGGGAGAAACCUUACAAAUGUAAUCAAUGUGACAAAGCCUUUUCACAUAACAGUAGUCCUCAAAGGCAUAAAAUUCAUAAUAUGGAAAUACCUUCUAAAUGUAAAUCAAUGUGAUAAAGUGUAGUGAUACUUUUGUUUGGCUGUAAAAUGUUUUAAAAUUAAAAUGUAAAACCUUU